AUGCUCUGGCUGGACGUCACCCACCGCCCCGGGCAGGCACCCUGGGUGCGGCUCAUGGGACGCUACCUGCUGCCCCCCUGCAAGCAGCGCUGGCACACCUGCGCAGCCUUCCUGCCUCAGGGAGGGCUCCUGGUCUGCGGGGACCGCCGGGGCUCCCUCCUCCUCUUCCCUUGCAGCAGCUCCCCGGGGUGGGCUGUGGAAAGCGCCGGCAUUGCCGACGGCGGCACCAGCCCGGUCAGUGAGGACACCGGCAGCGGGUCAGAGCCCUCUUGCUUGUCGCACAAAGGAGCUCUUCCCCUUGAGGCCCCGCUGUCCGUGCUCUUUGGGCUCCACGGGAAGAUGGGGGUUACCUCGGUGACCUGCCAUGAGGGCUACAUUUACAGCACCGGUCGGGACGGCUCCUUCCACCAGCUCCGCCUGCAGGGCCAGCAGCUGGAGGUCCUGCGGAAGCACAGGCCCUGCAAAGGGCUGCAGUGGAUCGAGGAGCUGCGCUUCACCCCGGAUGGGGACCUGCUCGUGCUGGGCUUUCACGCUGACAACUUUGUGGUGUGGAGCAGCAGGACCGGUGAGAACCUCCACUGCAUCCCCUGCGGUGGGGGGCACCGCUCCUGGAGCUACUGCAGCAACGCCUCGGCUGAGGCCUUCGCCUUUGUCAAGUGCGGGGACGUGAUGCUGUACCACCGCGAGGCCGAGCCCUGCGAGCAGCGGGUGCUCCUGGAGUCCCUGCACGGGCGGGAGAUCGCCUGUGUGCGGCGCCUAGGGGCGGUGGAGGUGCCCGGCCACACCACCCUUAACAUCUUUGUCACUGGCAGCGAGGACACCACAGCCUGCGUCCUGGCGCUCAGCGAGCGCUCCCGGGCAGCCAUGCCCCUCACCCGGCUCAGCGACCACAUCUCCAGCGUGAGGGCACUGGCGCUGGCCAGCCCCGUGGGGGUCUUUGGGCUGCUGGAGGCCGCCCGGAAGCUGGUGUUGGUGGCAGAGUCGUUUCACCACCAGCGCUGCGUGCUGAAGGUGGAGGCGUUCCUGCACACGUGGGCAGGAGGAGAGAGGCACCUCCUGUGCAGCGCAGCCACCGACGGCAGCAUCGCCUUCUGGGACAUCACCAGCCCCAUCACAGAUGCGACGGACGCCCUGCACCGAGCGGAGGGGGAGAUACAGCCCCUGGGUGGGUGCAGCUGCCAGCGGCUCUGCUCUGCCUCCCGAGGGAGGCCGCGCUGGUGGCUCCUCUGCUCCCUCCCGCCCAGCACCACCUUCUUCCACGUGCCUGACCUGGCUGAGCUGGACUGCUGGGAGGUGGCGGAGGCCGGGGGGGAGCUGCGGUACUACUGUGUGCUCUGCGGGCGGGGCCUGGAGAUGCUGCAUGGCAUUGCUCCCCCCGAGUCCCCUCUGCUGGGGGCUCCCCAAUAACGGGACAGCACGUCUGGGGUGCUCAACGCUGGCGGUCUCAGCAGAGAAGGCAGAUGUGACCCCCUCCUGGACAAGCCUGCAGCUCCCCAGGCAGUAAAGGAGGAGUGGGGUCAUCAGCCUACCCUGCCCAGGAGAAGCUCCUCCUCCCCGAGGUGUGAGGGACCCAUGUCCAGGUCUUCUGGUCCUGGUACCAGAGAGGAACCUGCUCGGGAGGGCGCUGAGCGCCGUGCCCAGCCCUAGGAACUUGAGGGCAGCAGCAGGCCAAGACCGGUCAGGCACUGGUAUAGCACAUGGCAGGCUGCAGCCUCAUGCCCCCUGGGACAGGGUCUUG